CAGUCAACAGGAACCCGAACUGAUCCGGAUUAGACCAGGUUGUGUUCCUCAGUCUGGGGUCGUCAGGGUUCUCUCCGGAACAGAGAACAUGAGGAGGAGAUCAAAGGAGUCUGACCUGACGAGGACAAACAUCCAGAGCUGCUGAUCAGGAUGUCAGGUAACUGGUCUGUCGUGAGGCUGUCAUCACCAGCUUCACCCACCAGUUCUGUAGCUCCACCCCCUCCCAACACCUCCCAGUUCCCCCCUCUCACAGACUGGGAGGCUCCCAGCUUUACCUGCGCCGCUCAGUUCCGUGUCGGAGCUACCUUCGCCCUCUUCUUGUUUGCUGCCUCCAGUAACCUCGCCCUUUUGGCCAGUGUCUGGUGUGGGCGUGGCCGACGGCUGGCAUCUCACCUGCGGCCGCUGAUGCUGAGCCUGGUGUCGGCCGACCUGAUGAUGACAUUCGUGGUGAUGCCUCUGGAUGCGGUGUGGAACGUGACGGUGCAGUGGUAUGGCGGCGAUGCACUCUGUAAGCUGCUGUGCUUCCUGAAGCUGUUCGCAAUGCAUGCUUCUGCCUUCAUCCUCGUUGUAAUCAGCCUCGACCGCCAGCAUGCCAUCCUACACCCGCUGGAUGCUCUGAGUGCGCAGUGCAGGAACCGACGCAUGCUGCUGCUAGCCUGGAGCCUCAGCCUGCUGCUCGCAUCACCACAGCUGUUUAUCUUCCGGGCGAUCAGGGUGGAGGCGGCUGAUUUCACUCAGUGUGUGACUCACGGCAGCUUCCACCACCGCUGGCAGGAAACUGUGUACAACAUGUUCCACUUCACCACGCUGUACGUCUUCCCCCUGCUGGUGAUGAGCUGCUGCUACAGCCGCAUCCUUCUGCACAUCCACCUGCAGCACCUGAGAGACAAAGCAGGUGAGUCGUACCUGCGCCGCAGUGGCACUGACAUUAUCCCAAAGGCUCGGAUGAAGACUCUGAAGAUGACGGUGGUCAUCGUGCUGUCCUUCGUGGUAUGCUGGACUCCAUAUUACCUGCUGGGGAUCUGGUACUGGUUCCAGCCCGACAUGCUGCAUGUCACACCUGAGUACGUCCACCACGCUGUCUUUGUGUUCGGGAACCUGAACACCUGCUGCGACCCCGUCAUCUAUGGCUUCUACACGCCGUCCUUCAGGGCCGACCUCGCCGACUGCUGCCGCAGGAUGAGAAGAGACGCUUCACUGUGGUCUCCAGACCGCCUGUCCGCCAGACAGGGUCCUCGCAGCGGGGAGCACGAGUCAGACCCCGCCACUAACAACCAGGUUGCAGGAGAUUAACACCGACCAAUCAGAGCACAGGACAUAAAUUAUGUCACAUCCUGUAUCUGAGUGAGUGUGAAAUCCUGAAUGGGAUCAGCUGAAGGUGGAUCAGGACUCAGACAAAGAGAGAGAGAGAAACAGACAGAGAGACAGAUAGAGAGAACCCAAGAGCUGAGCCCAGAAAAGAGUCCCCUAUGUCAGUUGGUACUGAGGCUAACUGCCCCCUCUCAGACACACUCUGACCAGCCUCACAACAACACUGCUCUACAAACAGUAAUCAGAGUAAAGCAAAUGAUAGCACAAUGUAAAGAAAGCUAUCUGGACCAUUGGGAAGAAACAACUAAAAGCCAAAGUAGAUUGGAAUGUUAUCUUGCCCUUAAAAGAGAUUAUGAAUGAGCAGAAUAUCUCUCUACUGUCAGAGAUAGAAAGCAGAGACAGAUCCUAACCAAGUACAGGCUCAGUGACCACAAACUGCCAAUCCAAACAGGAAGACACAAAACAUCAUGGCAACCAAAAGAAAACAGAAAAUGUGGUCACUGUUGGACAGGUGAGGUUGACACAGAGAUGCACUUUCUCCUACAAUGUACAACAUUAAAUAAUACUAGAAACAUUAAUUAAGUUCAGCUCUUUGGUUCCAGAUUUCAAAGAGCUGAACGACCUCUCCACAUUAAAAAUACUCCUCAGAGAAGGAGAGCGGGCACACCUUGCUGCCCAGUAUGUAUUAACAUGCCACGACCUGAGACACACACACACAGACACACACACACACACACGCACACACACACACACACACAGACACACAGACACACACACUGUAUAUAACUAAUAUAAUGUUCAUAAUGUAUAUAUCUUUGAUUUAUUGUAUUGUAUUUUGAUGCUUAGCUUUGGCAAUAAUGUUUUUUUUUUUUUUUUUACUUUUCAUCAAUAAAGCCCAUAUUGAAUUGAAUUGAAUUUGAAUUGAAUUCAAUUGAAUUGAGAGAGACAGAGAGAGAGAGAGACAGAGACAGAGACAGAGACAGGGAGACAGACAGAGAGAGAGACAAAAAACCAUCACCAGGGCCGAAAGCCCUAAGAUCAAAAGCUUUGUCCUGGUCCAAAGAGACAAUACCAAAAUUAACAUUAAAGCUGCAAGCAGCAUUGGGGGGGACCUCGCCAUCAACCUACGUCGGGGCCUGCACAGCUCUCGCUCGCCGCAGCCUCGCCACUCUACGUCACCCCAUGCCCAAACCCCAUCGGCAGAAGCUUAGGGAGACCGCUCUACAUUGUCACACGUUUCAGACACAUUUUCUUUUGAUCACCAAUGUGUCUAGAUUGCAGUGAUUGAAUUUGAAGUCAAUCCGAUAAAAUCUGUAGGAGGAGUUAAAAUAGAAGCCCUGAAAUGCCGGAAAUGGCAUCACAGUUUGACAUUCGAUUCAACCUGGCCAACUUUGACGGGACGCCACGGACACGCCCUUCCACAUACAGUCACAAAUAGCACAACUUUUAAUCAGCAACAUUUUUUGACUGUACUGACCAAUUUUGAAGCAGAUCCGAUAAGCUGCUUAGGAGGAGUUCGUUCAAAUACAAGGUGAAAAUUUGCGGAAAGUAAAAAUCAAAAUCAAAAUAGCCGACUUCCUGUUGUGUUUGGGUUAUGGGUCCAAGAGGCUUUUUUGUAUGUCCUACCUUGCUAUAUAUGCCUGCCAAUUUUUAAUCAUGUCCCCUAAACAGUACACCAGGGCUGUUUUUUUGAAAGUUUGUAGGGGACUCUAUCGAGCCAUUUUGACACAGCCAUAGGCAACAUCCAUCUGAAAUGUAAAAUGCUGCCAUGUGGGACGUGUGUGCCAAGUUUGAUGAGGUGUUGAGCCUGUUUAGCCCACGAAAAAAAGCGAUCAAAUGUUAAAAAAACAAGGUGAUGCUCGCUGUGUCGCUACGGCAACACGGUUCAAUAAAAAUUCAUAAGAUUCGUAAGAUGUCAUUGUCAACAUUCUGAGGGUCUUCUGACCAAAUUUCAGCAUUAUUGUAUUGUAUUCAAUCUGCUUGGAGAAAUACAUUAAACUGUAAUACAUUCCACCACUAGGUGGCGCUCUCACUAUUAGUGAAUAUUAUCACAUAGAUGAGUUCAGGGAGGGACUCUCAUCAGACAAGUUCAAUUCAAUUCAAUUCAAUUUUAUUUGUAUAGCGCCAAUUCAUAACAGAAGUUAUCUCAGGACACUUUUCAAAUAGAGCAGGUCUAGACUGAACUCCUUAUAACAUUAUUUACAGAGACCCAACAGUUCCACCAUGAGCAAGACCUUGGAGACAGUGGCAAGGAAAAAUUGCCUGUUAAGAGGCAGAAACCUAGGACAGAUCCUUCGGCUCUAGGUGGGUGGUCGUCUGUCUUGACCAGUUGGGUGGGUGGGAGAGGGGGAGGGGGAGAGAGAGAGAGAGAGAGAUUGGAAAUUGGAAAAGGCAAUCUAGCAGAACAAUGGCAGGAGGCUCCACCAGGAUCGAUAAGAACCUGCGAGACGAGAAAGCACAAGAACUCUGGGGAAGAAGUGAAGUUAGUAACAUGCAUUAAUCGUACAUGAACGAGUGCAGAAAGAGAGAGGAAGAUAGGAGCUCAGUGCACCAUGGGAAAUCCCCCGAUAGUCUAGGCCUAUAGCAGCAUAACUAAGGGAUGGUUCAGGACUCACCUGAUCCAGCCCUUACUAUAAGCUUUAUCAAAGAGGAAUGUCUUAAGCCUACUCUUGAAUGUGGUGAGGGUGUCUGCCUCCUGAACCACAACUGGAAGCUGGUUCCACAGGAGAGGAGCUUGGUAACUGAAGGCUCUGGCUCCUGUUCUACUUUUAGAGACUAUAGGAACCACAAGUAGCCCAGCAUUCAGAGAACGUAGUGUUCUAGAGGGGUAAUAGGGUACUAUGAGCUCUUUAAGAUAUGAAGGGGCCUGACCAUGAAGAGCUUUAUAGGUGAGGAGGAGGAUUUUAAAUUCUAUUCUAUAUUUUACAGGGAGCCAGUGGAGAGAAGCUAUUACAGGAGAGAUGUGAUCUCUUUUUCUAGUUCCUGUCAGUACUCGUGCUGCAGCGUUCUGAAUUAAUUGGAGCAUUUUAAUGGACUUAUUGGGGCAACCUGAUAAUAAAGAGUUGCAGUAAUCCAGCCUAGAAGUAACAAAUGCAUGGAUUAGUUUUUCUGCAUCUGUCUGUGAUAGGAUGUGUCUAAUUUUUGUAAUAUUACGUAAAUGAAAGAAGGCAGUCCGAGAGGUCUGCUUUAUGUGGGAGUUAAAAGACAAAUCCUGAUCAAAGAUAACUCCAAGAUUCCUGACAGUGGUGCUAGAGGCCAAGGCAAUGCCAUCUAGAGUGACUGUAUCUUUAGACAAUGAGUCUCUAAGGUUUUUGGGGCCAAGAACAAGAAUUUCGUUUUUUUCUGAGUUUAACAUCAGAAAAUUGCAGGUCAUCCAGGAUUUUAUGUCCGUAAGACAUGUUUGUAAUUUAGAUAAUUGAUUAAUUUCAUUGGGUUUGAUUGAUAGAUAUAACUGCGUAUCAUAUGCAUAACAGUGAAAGUUAAUGGAGUGAUUCCUAAUAAUGUUGCCUAAAGGGAGCAUAUAUAAAGUAAAUAGUAUUGGUCCAAGUACAGAACCUUGUGGAACUCCAUGACUAACUGUAGUAUUUAUUGAAGAUUAAUCGUUAACAUGUACAAACUGCGAGCGAUCUGAUAAAUAUGAUUUAAACCAGCUAAGUGCGGUUCCUUUAAUGCCAAUUUGAUGCUCAAGUCUCCCCAAAAGAAUAUUAUGGUCAAUGGUGUCAAAUGCAGCACUAAGAUCUAAUAAUACAAGUACAGUGACAAGUCCAUUGUCAGAAGCAGUCAGAAGGUCAUUAUUAACUUUAACCAGAGCUGUCUCUGUGCUAUGAUGAACUCUAAAUCCUGACUGAAAAUCCUCAAAUAAACUAUUGUUAUGUAGAAAGUCACACAACUCUUUGGCGACUACUUUCUCCAGAAUCUUAGAGAGGAAGGGGAGGUUAGAGAUUGGUCUAUAGUUGGCUAAAACCCCUGGGUCAAGAGUGGACUUUUUAAGAAGGGGUUUAAUUACAGCUACUUUAAAGGACUGUGGUACAUAUCCUGAUAAUAAAGAAAGAUUAAUCAUAUCCAGUAAAGAAGUGCCAAUUAAGGGAACAACUUCUUUAAGCAGCCUAGUUGGGAUCGGGUCUAAUAGACAGGUUGAUGGCUUCGAUGAAGAAAUUAUUGAAGUUAACUGAUGAAGAUCGAUAGCAGAAAAACAGUCUAUAUAUAUAUCUAAGUUUACAUUGACAGAAGUCCCUGAACUUGGAGAGCCACUGAUAACUGUUGAUGGCAGUUGGUUUCUCUAAUAGUAAUAAUUUUAUUAUAGAAGAAGCUCAUGAAGUCAUUGCUACUUAAGUUUAUGGGGAUAUGUGGCUCAAUAGAGCUGUGACUCUCUGUCAGCCUGGCUACAGUGCUGAAGAGGAACCUAGGGUUGUUCUUAUUUCAUUCUAUUAGUGCUGAGUAAUAGGCUCCUCUGGCAUUACGGAGGGCCUUUCUAUAAAUUUUAAGAUUAUCUUGCCAAUUUGAGCGAUAUUCUGAUAAUUUGGAAGAGCGCCAUUUCCUUUCAGAUUUCCUAGCUAUUUGUUUUAACUGGCGGGUUUGGUGGUUAUACCAAGGUGCUAGUCUCCUAUGUUUUAAUAAUUUCCUUUUUAUUGGAGCGAUAGAGUCUAAUGUUGAUCGUAGUGAGCCUGCAGCACUAUCAACAAGAUUAUUAAUUUCAGAGGGACUAAAGUUGUUAUAGGACUCUGUUAAAUUCAGACAUGGCAUUGAAUUAAACACUGAAGGAAUCUCCUCCUUAAAUUUAGCUACAGCACUGUCAGAUAGACAUCUGCUGUAGGAAGUUUUGCCUAAUGGCUUAUAAUCUAAUAGUAUGAAUUCAAAAGUUAUUAAAUAAUGGUCAGAUAGGAAAGGAUUAUGUGGGAAGACUAUUAAAUGUUCAAUAUCAAUGCCAUAUGAUAAAACAAGGUCAAGAGUGUGAUUAAAACAAUGAGUUGGUUUAUUUACACUCUGACAGAAGCCAAUUGAGUCUAUUAAUGAUAUAAAUGCAUUACUAAGGCUGUCAUUGUCAACAUCCACAUGAAUAUUAAAAUCACCUACAAUAAUUACUUUAUCUGAUUUAAGGACUAAGCUUGAUAGAAACUCUGAAAAUUCAGAUAUAAAGUCAGAGUACGGUCCAGGAGCGCGGUACACUAUAACAAAUAGAACUGGCUGCAGUGUUUUCCAGUUUGGGUGAGAAAGACUAAGAACAAGGCUUUCAAAUGAAUUAUAAUUUAGUUUAGGUUUAGGGUCCAUUAAAACGCUCGAAUCAUAUAUGGCUGCCACUCCACCUCCUCGGCCUGUGCCUCGAGGAAUGUGAGUAUUAAUAUGACUGGGGGGGUGGAUUCAUUUAGGCUAACAUACUCCUCGUGGGACAACCAGGUCUCAGUAAGACAAAGUAAAUCAAUAUCAUAGUCUGAUAUUAAUUCAUUCACUAAAACAGCUUUAGAGGACAGAGACCUGAUAUUUAACAGCCCACAUUUCAUUCUCUUAUUUUGUGCUACUGAGGAGUUAGUUUUAAUUUUUAUUAGGUUUUUAUGUUGAACUCCUUGUUUUUAUUCCUUUAAAUAAUUUAGGUGGUCGGGGGACAGACACAGUCUCUAUGGGGUUUUGGGUGGGUGACUGUUCUAAAGAAAGAGCAGAGAAGUGUGUAAGACAGCAGCUCUGCUUCCUGGUCCCAACUCUGGACUGUCAGGUUUUAGAAAUAAACUUCACCAUAUUUCUAGAUAAGAGAGCCGCUCCAUCCAAAGUGGGAUGGAUGCCGUCUCUCCUAAUCAGACCAGGUUUUCCCCAAAAAGGCUUCCAGUUAUCAAUGAAGCCCACAUCGUUUGCUCCUGUUAUGAAUUGGCACUAUACAAAUAAAAUUGAAUUGAAAAACUUAAUAGAAGUAGAAGCUUUAUGCAAUAUUUAAGGUUUUGAUAAUAAGGUCUUUAUUUCUGACAUGUUGUGUGUAAGCAUUUGUAAAUAACACAAAAAACAUCCAUAGUCUUGUUAUUGGGUGAGCUUAAAGAAAAACUUAGCAUUGUAGAAAUGGGUUAAUUGACUGCAUAUUCGGUUGAAACAACAUGAAUUGUGUUAAUUGUAUGGUAUGAACAGACAGAUGUGGGGCUAACUGUGUUUAGAGUUUUGAAAAUGUGACUACAGAUUGGACAAAAAGAUGUUAGCGGUUGUAGAAAACUGUAAGAAAGCUCACCUGAUCAUACACAUAGCACAGUUUUUUUUACUGUGUAUGGAAACCUGGAAACCUUAACACAGUUUCAGUCAAUAAACAACAACAAGACGUCUGUUUUCUA